UUCUUUGCAACGAUGCUUCGGGGAGCUACGGUAUUUUCCAAACUGGAUCUGCGGUCCGGAUACUGGCAGAUACGGAUGGCGGACAACUCUAUCCACAAAACUGCUUUCCGAACUCGGUACGGAUCGUACGAGUAUUUGGUAAUGCCGUUCGGACUCACCAAUGCACCGGCAACGUUUCAAGCCGAAAUGAACCACAUUCUACGACCACUUUUGGACGAGUGCGUGGUGGUGUACCUGGACGACAUCCUCAUCUACUCGCGCGACAUGAAGCAGCACGUCGAGCACCUACAACGCGUCUUCAAAAUUCUUCGACGAGAACGGUUCUACGUCAAACUGUCCAAGAGCGAAUUCGCCCUUGAGAAGGUCCAGUUCCUAGGACACCUGGUGAGCUCUCAAGGAGUUCACGUCGACCCCAAGAAAAUCGAAGCCGUACGUACGUGGAAGACACCCGAGAACGUGAAGGAGUUGCAGCAGUUCCUAGGCUUCGCUAAUUAUUACAACAGGUUCGUGCCACAGUAUGCGAAACUCGCAGCACCCCUCACGAAUCUGCUGAAGAAGAACACGCCCUAUAAAUGGGAACCAAAGCACCAGGAAGCCGUGGAGCAGCUGAAACAAGCACUCACGACCGCACCGGUACUCAUCUUGCCAGAUCCCGAACGCGACUACGUAAUCGAAGCUGACGCCAGCGACCAGGCAGUGGGAGCAGUCUUAAUGCAAGACCAGGGGAAUGGACUGCAACCAAUCGCCUACCUCAGCAAGAAACUACAUGGAGCAGAACUAAACUACCCGAUACACGACAAAGAGGCCCUUGCCAUCGUCAUCGCCUUCAAAGCGUGGAGAUGUUAUCUCGAAGGACGAAGAACAACCGUCUACAGUGACCACUGCAGCCUGAAAUACUUGAAGACACAACCCAACCUUUCCAGGCGGCAGCCGGCCUGCACACGAUCAACGAAAAUUUGGAUCCCCAAUUACCCUCCUUUGUGCCAGUUACUACUCGAAGAAUACCACGACGUCCUAUACGCCGGACACUUCGGUGGCAACAAGACGCUCACCGGUAUCGCCAAACACUACUACUGGCCCCACAUGGCAGAUGACGUACAGAAAUUCGUCAGCUCGUGUGAUACAUGUCAACGGAUGAAGAGCAGCAAGCAGAAAAAGGCGGGACUACUGCAGCCUCUUCCUGUCCCAGAACAGCCAUGGCAAGUGGUUAGCCUGGACUUCAUCACCGGGUUACUACCUACCACCAGCAGUCAUGACGCAAUCCUUGUCGUCAUCGACAAGUUCUCCAAAAUGGGACACUUCUUCCUUACACACACGACGGCACGCACCGAGGAGACAGCACAACUCUUCGUUCGUCACAUCAUCUCACAGCAUGGCAUUCCAACCACACUCAUUUCCGACCGAGACCCCAAGUUCACCAGCAAGUUCUGGAAGGAACUUAUGUCUCUUCUCGGAACCAAACUCGCCAUGUCAUCCGCAUACCAUCCGCAGACAGACGGACAGUCCGAGCACCUCAACCAAAUUGUUGAGCAACUCCUCCGCGCAGCCUGCAAGGACGACAUCUCCAAUUGGGACUUGCAUCUGUCCGUCCUGGAGUUUGCCUACAACAAUGCCACACAUGCCGCUACUGGACAGACGCCAUUCUUCCUCUGCUACGGACGCCACCCACUCACACCACAGAAACCGACCACAUCCGCCACAGUACAACCGGCACAUGAUUUCAUCACAACCAUGCAUCAGCUUUGGGAUCGGACCCACAAGCGCCUCCUCGACAUUCAGCAGCAACAAAAGCGCCACGCCGAUCGCCAUCACAACGACCACACCAUCACGGUGGGAGACCAGGUGCUUCUUGACACCCGCAACCUGGACAUCAGCCACCUCCCAUCUAAACCGCGACCUCGCUUCUGCGGGCCUUUUCUCGUUGAAGCACAGAAGAUUCACAACGCCUUCCAUGUCCAACUUCUGAAGCCCUAUCGGGAUCCAAACACAAUCUUCGUCGGACGCCAACCGCCGCCGCCGCCGCCUGUCCUCGUCCAGAAUGAACCCGAGUACAAGGUCGAGUCCUGUGGCUAGUCUCAUACAUAACAUUCAAACAGAUA